CUGGCUUGAUAGCUUGACAUAUUAUUAACACGGACCUCCAUUUGUUGAACAAUAUUUUAGCAUCUGUCGAUUCUCGCAUUUAUUCUCUCUACCAAGUCUCUACUCGAUCUGCACUGGAUAUUAUGGCCCUAAAUCUAAUUCGUUGGCUCUCGCUCUGUCUCCUAGUGACUGCGGCCUUUGCAAACGAGAUAUCUGACCCAGGCAACACAUGUUUUGCUUCCAAUAAUGCCUCCCCAAAGACAAAUUAUGACGCCUGCUGCCCAGGCUCAGCUACAAAUAGCAAGUUCCAGAGUGGCACGGGAUACGCUGGUGGUGUCCAAUUCAGAUACCAGUGCGGGGUUUCUCCGGAUCCAGCCGGUAAUGAAGUGCCGCAUAAGGUUGGCAGUAUGCAGGACUGUGCAGCGCUCUGUGCAGAGACCACUGACUGUAAGGCGGGGACAUGGGAUUACCAGUUCAGCCGGUGCUUUCUGACAAACAAAAUGACCGGCCAGACGAAGCUGUCGCGGCUGUGGGUGCUGCUGGAGAAAGUCAGUUCAGGCUCCCCAGAAGUGGAAAACGCUCUCAAAGAAUGUCUAAGAGUCAGAGAUGACUGCCAGAAUACGGUGUUGCACCUUGAGGAAAGUGUGGAUACUCUGACGAAUCAACUGAUCGCCUGUCGCGCCGGUGACGGCGGCAAAGAAGGCGGCCUGGCAAAGCGAUCGGGCUGUCCGACUGCAGAUGGAAAGAAGGUCACUGUUGGAUCUUCAACAUACACCAUUACCUGCAGUCGGUCUUACGUUUCUGGUCAGGACAAGAAGAGGCUCGUGCCUAAAGUGGCUUCUUUUGAGGAUUGUGUUUCCCUCUGCUCGGAUGAGACAUCUUGCCAAGGCAUCACCUAUGAUGAACGGCCAGGGCAGCAGUGGUGUUGGGUCCACUAUGAGAUUGGUGUGGAGGAGAUCACCAGCAAUGUGGUGGCAAGACGAUUGGACUAGGGCGUUAGCUCGCAGGUUCUUUCAUGUUGUAGUAGCACUAGGGUUUUGACAGGCUGGAUGAGGGAAGCUGGUCUAAUGUCAGAUUAUAGGGUCGGUUUUUCUCGUAUAUACUGAGAUAUAUAGGCCCCUGUACGUGGCCGCCGUUAUGGCCCCCUGUCGUUGCUGGUCAAGACUACGACUAACGUACAUAGUUUAGUUAAUUAAAUGGAGCCCUGUUAUAUAGCCUCGUCAGACACCA